UCCUCGCGAAGCUGCAGCGUGUGCUCAAAGUUCUCAUCACUUUCGGAAGAUGUUCAUAAGACAGGAGGCCGACCACACGUGCACACAACGGUCACGCGCACUCUAAGGGAAAGGCGAGCAAAGUCCUCGCGAAGCUGCAGCGUGUGCUCAAAGUUCUCAUCACUUUCAGAACAUGAUCAUAAGACAGGAGGUCAACCACACGUGCACACAACGGACACGCGCACUCUAAGGGAAAGGCGAGCAAAGUCCUGGCGAAGCUGCAGCGUGUGCUCAAAGUUUCCAUCACUUUCAGAAGAUGAUCAUAAGACAGGAGGCCGACCACACGCGCACACAACGGUCACGCGUACACUAAGGGAAAGGCGAGCAAAGUCCUCGCGAAGCUGCAGCGUGUGCUCAAAGUUUCCAUCACUUUCAGAAGAUGAUCAUAAGACAGGAGGCCGACCACACGCGCACACAACGGUCACGCGCACUCUAAGGGAAAGGCGAGCAAAGUCCUCUCGAAGCUGCAGCGUGUCCUCAAAGUUCUCAUCACUUUCAGAACAUGAUCAUAAGACAGGAGGUCAACCACACGUGCACACAACGGUCACGCGCACUCUAAGGGAAAGACGAGCAAAGUCCUGGCGAAGCUGCAGCGUGUGCUCAAAGUUUCCAUCACUUUCAGAAGAUGAUCAUAAGACAGGAGGCCGACCACACGCGCACACAACGGUCACGCGUACACUAAGGGAAAGGCGAGCAAAGUCCUCGCGAAGCUGCAGCGUGUGCUCAAAGUUCUCAUCACUUCCGAAAGAUGAUCAUAAGACAGGAGGUCGACCACACGUGCACAGAAUGGUCACGCGUACUCUAAGGGAAAGGCGAGCAAAGUCCUCGCGAAGCUGCAGCGUGUCCUCAAAGUUCUCAUCACUUCUGGAAGAUGAUCAUAAGACAGGAGGCCGACCACAUGCACACACAACGGUCACGCGUACACUAAGGGAAAGGCGAGCAAAGUCCUCACGAAGCUGCAGCAUGUGCGCAAAGCUCCCAUCACUUUCGGAAGAUGAUCAUAAGACAGGAGGCCGACCACACGCACACACAACGGUCACGCGUACUCUAAAGGAAAGGCGAGCAAAGUCCUCGCGAAGUGGCAGUGUGUCCUCAAAGUUCCCAUCACUUUCAGAAGAUGAUCAUAAGACAGGAGGCAAAGGAAAUAGGGACACAUCAAGAGGUAUGUCUUUGCAUCGCACAGUCAAAGAGAAGGGUACAAGUGCUAAAGAUGGAGGCAUCCUUCCACCUUUGUCACCAGGCUUCAACCUCACUUUGCCCAAAGCUCACAAAGAAGAGGCACAUGACACCUACCCAAGGACCCUGGCUGUCUCCUCUGAAAGCUCUGCCUUCUCGGGGAAUGUUGAGGACCAUGGAGAGGUUGCCUGGAAGCCAGGCUUGGAAGGUGCAGCAGCAUCCUCCAGUGCCCCUAAACAGAGGCGGUGUUAUUCACUCGGUCUGGCAAAUAGAAAAAGGAAGCUGCAGGUGACAGAGUUUGAGAAAGGGCUGCAAGAACUUCAACCUUCAGUCGACUCAAAGGCUAUUAACCCCACCACCCCCAUUAAAAAGAAUGCCAACAAAGAAAUGGGACAAGUGGCAAGCAUGGGUUUUCCACAAGAGCCUUGUCCCAUUGAAGGAGGAAUGAUGGUCUGGUUCAAAUUUCAGAAUCACCCAUUUUGGCCUGCAGUAGUAAAGAGUGUCAGCCAAACAGAGCAGACUGCAAGGGUGCUUUUGGUUGAGGCAAACAUGCACUGUGAAAUGAGUGGCAUUCGAGUUCCUCUUCGAAGAUUAAAGCACCUGGAUUGUAAAGAGAAAGAAAAACUAAUAAAGAGAGCCAGGAAAUUGUACGAGCAAAGUGUGAACUGGUGCUUCUCCCUGAUUGCCCACUACAGAGAAAGGCUCAGGCGAGGUUCUUUUGCAGGCAGUUUCCUGGACUAUUAUGGUGCUGACAUCAGUUACCCAAUUAGGAAAGCCAUCCAAGACAGGGAUCUGGAGAUUGAUUUCCCAAAGGUGAAUUAUGCCGACCUGGAAGAUUCUGAGGAGGAGACCUCCCUGGACGGGAAGAGGCCCUGCAAGAAAAUUCUCCCUGACCGGAUGAAGGCUGCUCGGGACCGAGCCAACCAGAAGCUAGUGGACUUCAUCGUGAAAACAAAGGGGGCCGAUCACCAUCUUCUGGACAUUGUCCAAGGCAGGAAACAGUCCAGGUGGCUGGUAUCAUUUAGGAAUUCGAGCAGGUACGUGAUCUGCGUUGAAACAUACCUGGAGGACGAAGACCAGUUGGAUGUGGUGGUAAGACAUUUACAAGAAAUCUACAAACAAAUAGACAAGAAAACGCUGAAUCUGGUAAGGGAUGACAAAGUGAGUUUUGUUCUGGAAGUUCUUCUGCCAGAAGCAAUCAUUUGUUCAAUUGCUGCACUUGAUGGAUUGGAUUACAAGGAGGCAGAAAAAAAGUACCUACAGGGGCCACCUGUGCAUUACCGGGAAAAAGAGCUAUUUGAUAAAAAUAUCCUAAAGAAAAUAAGAAAGAGAUAAGCAACAAGGAGCAAGACUAAUUAACUCCCCCUGUACCCACACUUUAGCAGGAAGACCUCUCAUUACCCUGUCUGUAUGAAAUGUGUGAUCGUUCCGCUCUCUAUGGCAUGUAAAUAUGUUCUGGAAAUUUGAGACCUUGGGAAUAUGCUGGAUUCAUUUUGGAUCCAUCUCUAGCACUUGUGGGUAGCACAGUCAUCAUCUUUUCUAGUACCCAAAUGCCUCACAAAUUAAUUUGUUAAAAUAUUGCAAACAGUUGUACUUCCCUCUACUUGCUUGGAUGUGUUAACUGUCCAGAUGUUUUCCUAACAUGGCUUUUAACCGUACUUCAUAUUUUAAUAUAGCACACACACAUUAUUUUAUUACAUGAAAGAGCACUGGUAUCAAACAUUAAGCAACAAUCAUUUUUAAAAUCCAAGAUAGAUUCUUACAGAAACAAUCUGCAAUCUCUCAUUCUUUUUGUGACACCUGAGUGUAAAUGAUUGGGUUCCUUCUUAAGAUAAUUCCUGAAUUUUUUCUGCCAUGCUUGUUUGUUUGGGAAAAAUAGCCCUGAGAGCUGAAACCAAUGACAGAGAUGUUUUCUAUAUAUUAUCACUACCUUCAAAUGGUUCUUGCAAAAGCAGUCUGGAAUCCAAAGUUAAUGGAUCAUUUGCACGUAGUCCACACGUGGGUGAAUGAAAUCUCAACGUGCAGUAAACAUUUUGCCAGCCUGUGAAAGAUUGUUAAACUCUACAUUUCCCUGAGAUUCCACUUAACGGAAGUAGCUCUUGUUCAAUGGCUGAAUGGUUUCCUUAAAACAGACAGGCUCCUGGCUGUCUUCUUAACUGACUGGAUCCUUUGCGUAUACUGGUUUAUCCCCAUGUGGAUGACAACUAGACUAAUCGUACACACCGUUUACCUAUUUUAGACCUAGGAGUCCAGGCUCACUGCUAAGAGCCCGUCUGAUUGGCACAAAUUGUAGGAAAGCUCGCAUUUUGCUCUGGACCUGUGUGCCCUAAAAUGCAGUCGUUUGUCUGAAGCUAAGCAAGCUUUCUCUUUUGACUUAUUCAUUGACUAACCCUGACAGGUUCCAACAGUUAUGCAGGCUGGAAAGUCAUUCCAGGCUGCUUGAGCAAUAGAUGGACUGGGAUCUGGGAACUUGGAAAUGGGCUACAGAAAAGUAUCCGUUUGGCUAAAUAUGGCUGUUGUCAGAAUACAAUGAAACAUAUGUAACUAAAAGAUAAAUUCUGAAGCCCAUGAAUUGUUAUCCUACUUGAAACAAGAGUUUUUUGAGACAAAAAAUGUUGGGAAAGCUAGUUUACUUUUAAAACUUGUUGUGAAAAUAAACACUAAAGGUUUAAUAUACACCUGAGUGCAUUUUUAUUCUCAGAGAGAGUCAACUGUCAC